AUGAAUCGUCGCCUCUUCUCUACCAUCGGCGCCCGCGCGAGCCUCGACCCCCAGACCCUCGAACGAGCAGCCAGAACAAGGAGGGAAUUGGCAGACAGGCUCUCCCGCGGACUAGGCGAAGAUGGCGACGGAAACAAGAUCAUUCUCGAUACGGCUAACAAGACGGUGACGACAGCCGUUGGCGAGCUACCCAUCUCUCCCUUCAUGGACCCCGACUUCAUGGAGGCGAGGAGCAGAUGGAGGAAUCCCAAAGAGAAGGCGAGGAGGGAACCGCCGACGGAUUUGAAGGGCAGAGCAAAGGCCAAACUCCGAGUAAACGCAUUCGCUCAGGCUCUUGCCACCCCUUUGCGACAGUGUCCCGUCACCAAAAAAUAUCUUCCCUCCUUCUUCCUUCAGAAGUUCAAAGCUGUAUCCAGACCAGGCACAAACGAUGUAUGGGUCGUGCCUGAAGACACUGUCACACAAACAUGGCAAGAGGAGUCGAACUCAGAAGAUGGGCCAGAAGAGAACAACGAAGACGCCAAAGAGCCUUCCCAAGAAUCACCAGACGCCGCCGUAGCGUCGCCUCCAAACCAGGAACAACCCGCACCACCAGAAUUCCCUUACAAGAAGGCGAUGAGCGCCCCGACGGCAUACGUCCUAGCCAGGAAACAGCUACUUAAGAACAUGCCCAAGUCAAAGGGCGCGGCACCACACGGGGGCACCGCCAACAUGAUCUUCAUGAAACGCGACCGCUUCAUGAAGGUCGCAAAGGCCAAACUGGUCUGGCGCGCCGACAUGGACGACUUCGUCCUCGAGAACAUGCGUCGUCAGGUCGUAAACACCAUCUUGUACUACAUCAGACUGGCUGAGAAGGAUAGCAGGGUCUAUCUCCAGCCGUGUCCCACCUGGGAGACGACAGCUCGCGUGCAGAAGCGCGGCUGUCUUCUAUGGUUGCCCUCCAACGUCGGUAGCCAAGAGAGUGCUGGGCCUGCGGGCCCUUCCGUGGAGCAAUUUGCUACCUACGAGGUUCCCGGUGUCAGGUGGGAGAAGAGUCUGCCAGUGCACGAUCUUGAGUUCCUGUUGGGACCGGAGAACAUGGCUAUCUUGCGGAGGCAUUCUCUGUUCAGAGACCAUUCCCUGGUCGUAGUGAAAAAGGACCGUUCAGUCGCGCUGCAGCUUCUGUUAUGGAAGUUGCAAGGUUACCUCGCCGAAUACCCAGGCGACCACAUUUUUCAACCCAAGGGAGCCAAGCCCGAAAGCUCUAAAGCGGAAUGA